AUGUAUACGUUAUUGGCCAUGCUGAGCAACUUUGUAAUUGGCCCGAAGUUUGUCAGGUUACUGUAACAUACCGUAACGCCAAUGCUCAAUCAAAAAAUCUCGAUUUUCUCGAUUUUUUUCAAUAAUUUUCUCGGAUUUUUUUUUCAUUUUUGGAAUCAGCAUCAAAUUCUGCAUCGGAUAGGCUAUAUGCGCAUCUCCAGAUAGGUGUACAAAAAUGUGUUAAAACAUUACAAUUGAUGCACUUCCCUUGCAAAUAUCAUCUGUCGGGAAAAUAAUGAGCACAAAGCCGCUGCACCAAUCGCAUUGCUGAAAUGAAAUGAAAAGAAAUUUGAUUUUGCCGGGACACAAUUCAUUUUCUCGACGACUAUGCGAUUUUCGAUGCGGCAGAAUGCUCAUUAUUUUCCCGACAAACUAACAAUUAAAAAAAUCAAACUUUUGCAGUUGGAACGGCUGUAUCUCCCAACAUACCUGAUCAACAAGCUCUUUGACUUGGACAAGACCACCUGGAGUCAAUGGAAAUGGUACCGAAAACUGACUUAUUGCGCUCACUGUGUAAUUCUUCUUGGGAUCAUGUCGCUGACUUGUCUAGUAAUUGUGUUGGAGCCUCUGUACUUUCAUAAAACAAUUGACUUUGUAAGUCAUCAAGAAUUGACUUCAAAAAUCCUUUUUUUUAUAUGAUUUGUUAUGCUUUUGAUGACUAAAAAUUUUACAGCGCCAGUCCUGCAAUAGCGUUGCAUUGUUUGCGAUUCGAGUCCAGGGAUUUGUCGCUGCAAUCUUUCUGCUCAUCUGGAAUUACUAUGGAUACCGAGUGCGGUUCUUGAGACGCUUGACAAAUGCGGGAUGUGGAGCUGGGAUUAUCAAUGCAAGGGAGAGGAUCGAAAGGACAAAUGUAAGUGAAAAUCAAUAUCAUUUGUAAUUUUUGAUAAGUGGAAGUGCUUCAAGUUCGACGCUCAGAUUUUGAUGAAACUUGGCACAAUUUUAGAAUAAGUUUUUCUACGAGAUAUGCCAGACUUCCAGCUAGCGAUAUGCAAAAAAUAACGAGAUUUUUAGUCCAAAAGUUGGCCAAAUUUUUAUAUUUUUUUUCGAAAAUUUCAGAACGAAAAGUUUCAUGCCUAUUUCCACGGCAGAGGGUAAUUAUUCCACAAAAAAUCAAUUUUUCCAUGCGAAACUGUCAAGGAUAUAGUCAAAAAGUGUUUUUCCCUUGCCGCUCUCCGCCUUCCGGGUACUCUCUCGGCCGCAAAAUAUCGUUCAAUAUCUCAGCUGGGCCCGCAAAAAGAGAGGCAAAUUACCAAAUUAACGCGGCCUAGGCUGAAUUUGUGUGCAAAAUUUUAAAAAAAACGUCGCACUUGGGGUACUUGCCUUCGUUCAGCCGAUUUAUCGGUCUCUCCGCCUGAGGCCAAAUUUUGAGAUCUUCUUGAGUCAUCGUUUUAUGUAAGUCUGUCGGGAAAAUAAUGAGCUCAAUGUUGAUGCGCUGAUAGCGUCGCUGAAUUGAAAAGCAAUUUGAUUUUGCCGCGAAGACAAUUCAUUUUCUCGGCGGCGAUGCGACUUUGGAUGCGACAAAUUGCUCAUUAUUUUCCCGACAGACUGAUACUUUCUGCUUUUUAAAUUUUUUUCUCGAUACACAUAUGCAUUUUCAUUCAUUUCAGAUCUCUCUAAUAGUCUUCAUCUUCAUCACAAUCCUGGUCUCCUCGACUUUUCAACUGCUCCACGCCUUCAAAGUGGACACCCCUUUAGCCAACGAUCCCAUAGACAAAUUAGGACUACUGCCCAUUAUCUUGCUGGUUAUUUGCACUCUAUUUUGUCUCACAGCACUGAUGAACAGCCUUUCUGUGAUCUCCAUUCACUUUCUCAUAAUCUGCGCCGAAUAUGAAAAAUUGGCGGACGAAUUCAGAGAGGAUCUCAACACUUUUCAACUGCCAGUUGUGACUCAUUAUUCGCAUGCUCACCACAAUCUUUGGAGGCUUUGGACGGUAGUAAAGAGCAUUAUGAGGUGAGUAUUGAUGAUGGUAUACAUAUGUACGUCAGUCUGUCGGGAAAAUAAUGAGCGCUCUGUCGCGUCAAAAAUCGCAUCGCCGCCGAGAAAAUGAAUUGUCUUCGCGGCAAAAUCAAAUUGCUUUUCACUUCAGCAAGACGAUCGAAGCAGCGGCAUUGCGGUCAUUAUUUUCCCGACAGGCUGAUAUUGAUGGAGCAACGGGGAUUUACAGGGGAAGUACCCAAAGUGCACGUUAGAAGUGCCUCAUUUUUUAGCUUUUUGAGAACUGAAAAGUUUCAUACUUAUUUCUGGAGUAUAUUACAUUUCCACAAAAAAUCAAUUUUUUCGAUGCGGAACAGACAAAGAUACGGCCAAAAACGUUUUCUCUCUGACCGCUCUCCACAUUUCGUGUACUCUCUCGGCGGCAAAGAUCGUUGAAUAUCUCGGCUGAGCCUGGAAAGUGCAAGCUGAAAUUUUCAGGAAGUCCUAUGUGGGACAUGCCUAAUUUGUAUACAAAGUUUAAAGAAAAUCUGAACGUCGCACUUUGAACACUUCCCCUGUUGACCUGCCUAUAGUUUUACUAUAACGCAUCUGAAUUUUCAGCUAUUACCAAACCUUCAACUUGCUCUCGAACAUGAUCCUUUUUAUUUACCUUUUCUCCACUGUGAACUUUCAAACCAGCUGGAUCGACUUUGGAUUUGGACUUUAUUUGGCGUUAUUUUCGUUGGCAUCCAUUAUUUUGCCAUUUCUAUUCGUGUCAAGUUUCCGCCAUGCUUUCAAACGGCUGCAAAUUGAGUGUUUAGAACUUGCAGCCAGUGGGAAAAUUCUUCAUGACGGGGUAAGCCAAUUUUUAGCGAUGAGCGAUUCCAAGACGCAACGAAUCCACAUUAUUUUCCCGACAGACUGAUGGAAAUUUCUUUAAAAAUAAAUUCCAAUUUUAGGUUUACGCAUUCCUCCCAGUCCUUGCCAGCUCAAUUCAGCGAAAGAUCUAUCGCCUACGGUUGUUUGGCUUGGUCGAUGUCAACAUUCGAAAUCUGAUAAAGUUACUGUUUCUCUGCGUCGUUGUCGCCUCUGUAUUACGACUUCUUUUCAACCGCAAUGAGCUGAAUAAAAUCGUAUAA